AUGAAGUCUAACUCCGAAGUGCCUGUAGAUCCAAACAUCGCCGCGUCGAGUCCGACCUACCCUCCCUACUCACCCUAUGCGCCUCAUGACAUGUCCCAAUACCAAGGACACCCCCCUCCAGGUUAUCCACAGCAUCAUUGGCCACCGCAACACCCUGGUUACCCCCAUGGAAUGCCUGGUGGACCAUAUAGCUCGCCGGGCAGCGCAGCAUCUGGGACGCCAGCGAGUGCUGGACCGCGACCAGGUCAGAGUCCUCACCCGCUCUCUCAGGUCUAUUCAUUCGUCCCCAUCCCCGGCGCUCAGCAACACAAGCGCCCCCGUCGGCGGUACGAAGAAAUUGAAAGGAUGUACAAGUGUGGGUGGCAAGGUUGCGAAAAGGCAUAUGGUACUCUGAACCAUCUGAAUGCGCACGUCACAAUGCAGUCACAUGGCACAAAGAGGACACCAGAAGAAUUCAAAGAAAUCAGGAAGGAAUGGAAGCAACGAAAGAAGGAAGAGGAGAGUCAGCGUAAAGCUGAAGACGAGCGAGCGCGACAACAGAAUGGCGGCCCACCAGAAAACCAACCGAGUGAUCCGAACCAGCCUCAGGGCCCGAACUAUCCAUCUGGAGGUAAUCGACCUCAACUUCCCCCAAUCGGCUACGGUCCAUCCGGUGGACAGGUACCGCAGCAAUACCCCAGCGGGGUGGAUCAAAUGUACCAAGCUGGGAGCAACGGUCAGGUCUAUCCGGGAUACCCGCAUUCGCCGUAUGGACAGGGCCAGCAAAUCCCUCUCCAUCGCCAAAUCCUACACUGGCAUCCACCAAGAUCGCGAGGUGUAGCUACGGCCACCAACCAAACUCCAGAGUUCGAAGAUCUUGCAUUACCAUCACGACCUGAUGGUCAUCCUCCUCCGUUUGUGAAGCUUAAGAAGGAGGAUUCUAAAGGCCCUAUGAAAAUUGCAAAGGCGCCCAGUCGCUUGAUAUUGAAUAAAGAGCUGGAAUGGAUUCACGAUCCAUUAAAGCUAGCGGAUAGAGUCAUGUAUUUGAUCAAGACUAAGGGAGAUACAGGCCAUGAGAAGGCAUUAGCUUUGGUUGAACGAGCAAGUAAGGGCAUGCCCUGUACGGUCAGCUGGAACCACCUGAUUGAUUUUGAGAUGGGAGGUGGAAGAGUCAAACAAGCUGUGAAACUAUACAAUGACAUGAAAAAGCGAGCUCAGACACCUGAUGCCCGUACAUUCACCACACUCUUUCGAGGCUGCAGCCGCAACGUUCGUACCAGUCCUUCGGUUCUCGAAAAAGCACUAGCGAUCUAUCACUCAAUGUUCGCCGACAACUCGCCUGUCAAACCUACGUUGAUACAUACUAAUGCGGUUCUCGACGUGUGUGCACGAUCUGGUAAUAUCGAUGCUGUAUUUGGGGUCGCGGCAAGGCUACCUGUCACAGGAGCGGCCGCACCGGACAAACGCACCUUCACGAUCAUCUUGAAUGCGAUCAAGAUUUUCGCAACAGAGGACUCCAAAGGCGAGCACGGCUCGGCCGCUUUACGAGAACGACAAGAUCGAGCGGUAUUGCAGGGAAGAAGAAUAUGGGACGAGGUCAAAGAACGAUGGUCGAAAGGUGAUCUUGAAAUUGAUGACGAGCUAGUGUGUGCUAUGGGGAGACUGCUCAUGAUAGGGAAUACGGAACAUGACUAUGACGAUGUUCUUUCACUGAUUGAGCAGACUAUGAACAUACCAAGACAGCUUGCUCCGUUGAGGGAUCCUGACCGUACUCGACCCACCCCUGAACCCUGUGACGAAGACGGUGAUAGCAAUUCCUCUGCCUUGAGCCUCACAGAUCACACACUAGCCAAUGCACCCACAAACGCAGAUGAAGAUAUCGAAAGCACCGAUAUCUUCACCAAUCCUCUGGCGAAAUUUCUUCCGGAGCAAUGCCUUGUUCACCCGAGCCCCAACGCCCUUUCCCUAGCGGUUGAAUCCUGUACCAAUCUCCGCCAGGGUCGUGCAGCGCAAGAUUACUGGGGCCUCCUCACCUCAUCAGAUAAGUACAAUAUCAUUCCAGACCAAGAGAACUAUCACGUCUAUCUCCGACUCCUGCGCUACCAGCGGGCUUCCCGCCUUGCCCUUGGAAUUGUAGAAGAGAUGCACAAAGGCGCGCUCGAACCACCUCGGGACUCACAACACAAGAUAAGCCUCCAGCGCAAAACUUUCCGCAUCGCGCUCUCUACUUGCGCCCGCGACAUGCGUAAUCGGAACGCCCUCGGCUACGCUGAGAGAAUUGUAGUCAUCAUGACCGAAACACUCGAGGUGCCUGACCCAGCCUGCCUUGUCUCAUUUCUCGACACCGCCCUUGGUCAGCAGCCUCGUGACUGGCGCACACUCAUGCAAGUCGCCCGCCGAACAGCCGUCCACGUGCGUACGCUGAACAGUUUGAGUGCUUUGGGCUUCGCGUGGACGAAACCGAAGAAUUGGUUGGAUAUGCAGCGGAAGGAGAAUGAGGUUUUGGCGUUGGUGAAGCAGUUGGUAAGAGUGUUUGACGUCGUGCUGACUGAGGGUCGGGAGGGACUGGAGCAGAAGGACAAGGUCGUCUGUAGAGAUACCCGGGAUAGCCUGACUGCUUUUGUGACAAGGCGGAUGCAUAAGAGGAAGGGGAUACCAGGGAAAAUGGUCAGAAAUGCUGAGAAUGAGAAGAGGCAAAAAUUUGAGAAGUCGAAGGAUAGAGUCAGUAGAUUACUUGACGAGGGAAGAAGAGAAGGCAAUGAUAGUGAGUAUAGAGAUUUUAGAGGGAGGCAGAAGAGGCCAAAUUCGUUGGUGUAG